AUGUUCCUCUGCAAUAUAUUAUUUGCACUCACGGUUUUGGUGUCUUCGGUGGCUCCAGCGAAUGCUGUAUUACCAACCAAGGCUGUCUCACAUGAAUUCGAUUGCAGGAUCAGCGGCUCUACCAUGACGCCCAAAAAACGAAAACUAUCCGUCAUGCUGGCCAACGCUUAUCGUACAAUCGCAACAACUGGAGUGUUUGGAGAUCCACCAAGUCAGAACAUGUAUAAGCUGAACUAUUCGUGCACGGCUGAGGAAUACGCAAUGAUGGUGUGCAAUCAACAAGCGGCACUCAAUCCUGUUGGGAAGCUAUCACCUAUCCGAAUAGCAGCAGAAUUUGAGUCGUGGUGGGGCAAUCACGACUUUGGUGCCUUUAUCAACAGCACUGCCGUCUACGACCCNUGGUUAGCUUAA